AUGCCUCAACUCAGCACACGCCAAAAUGCUCGCAAAUUUAAGCCUGCCAUGCCAAAAUCUACAGAGUGGAAAUCUGAAUAUCUUCAGGCCAUGCGAGAAAUUGCGAGAGAUCACCUCGAAGAAUAUGUCGAACGAUAUUACGACAGUCACGAUGACGCACCCAACUGGCGCGAAACAGCUUUCGCUCCCAUCUCGGAGGCGGAGGAAGAUAAUUACAUGAUCGAGCAAUUUCAGAAGGCCAUGGCUAAGGGGCAGCUCUACACGAGCAACAUCCUCGACGGCCACAUGGACAAGAUCGAAGCUGCCAUUGAAGCGUCAGCAAAGAGGGCCAAAGAGAAUAUCAACCCAGCGGAGCACUUCAACCAAAUGGAGUCCAACGCAGCAACCUCUUACAACCUCAACCUCGAUGUCCACAUGGUCAAAGUCGAUUCAGCCAUCGACUUAGCCGCAAACACUUCCAAAGAUCAAACCCCCAAUGCGGAGCCGCUCAAGAGCCACAAUCCUCAACCAGCAGCUCCAUCUCAUCUUCCUCCAGCCGAACAUCUCAAUCCAAUCGAGACUUCCAGCCACUCAUCCACCGAGACAGCAGCAAAGACAGAUCACGAGAACGGCUCAGCGCAAUUCAAACAUACCAAUGCGAUGAGACCGGUGAUCAUCACUCCAAGUCCCACUUUCUUGGAGGCUUCAAGCGCUGCAAUCGAGGUGAUGGAAGACGAUCAGGACUCCGAGAACAUCAACGCAACGAAAACAGGGACUGAGAAACAUCAUCUCAAGUCACUAUUGAAGAGCAUCUUCUGCUUCAGAAAGGUCUAA